AUGAAGUUCACCGCUGUUACACUUCUCACUCUCGCUGCGGGUGCCUUGGCAGCCCCGGUUGCUGAAGCUGCCCCCGAAGCUGAAGCUGCACCAGGAUAUACCACCUAUGGAGAUUACAAGGGAGCAGGUGAAAACCUUCCCUCUUAUCCUAGCUACGGAAGCUAUGGUGCAAAGCCCAAGCCCAAGCCUAAACCUGCUCCCGCUCCUAAGAAAUAUACCAACUAUGGAAGCUACAACUAUAAGAAAUACGGCUCCUACGGCUCUUACAAGCGUGAGGCUGAGCCUGAGGCUGCUCCUGAAGCUGCCCCCGAAGCUGCCCCUGAAGCUGAAGCCGCUCCUGGAUAUACUACCUAUGGAGAUUACAAGGGCGCCGGUGAAAACCUCCCAUCUUACCCAAGCUAUGGAAGCUACGGCGCAAAGCCUAAGCCUAAGCCCAAGCCCAAGCCUGCUCCUAAGAAGUACACAAAUUACGGAAGCUACAACUACAAGAAGUACUCAUCUUACGGAUCUUACAAGCGCGAAGCCGAGCCUGAGGCUGCUCCUGAGGCUGAAGCUGAGCCCGAGACUUACUCCAAGUACGGCUCAUACCCCAAGAAGUAUACCAACUAUGGAUCUUACAACUACAAGAAGUACGGCUCCUAUGGCGCUUACAAGCGUGCCAAGGAGUUCAUCGGCUCUCUCUUCUAA